AUGGAGCUCUUCUUCAAGGCCAUGUGCAACAAGUUUGGCCUCAUGGGGCAUAUGGAUGGGACUCCUCCCAAUCCCAUCGAUGCUACCAGGCGCCAAGCGGACUACUGCGUUCGCAGCUGGCUAUACCGCUCUGUCUCCGACUCCGUCUUGGAUUUCACCAUGGAAGAUGAACAGACAGCGCACCAGCUUUGGGUCGCCAUCGAAACUCACUUCCAGGCGAACCAAGCUCCCCGCGUCAUCUUCCUGAAAUAUGGAAAGAAGAUGAAGAGAGCUGCCGAUGCCCUUCGCGCCAUCGGGCAGCCGAUUGCUGACUCCACACUCGUCCUCAACAUCCUCCGCGGCGUCGACCCCCGCUACAGUACCACUGGAGACUUCAUCGCCACCACACCGAACAUCACCUUCGCUGCGGCGCUUGAUCGACUCGCCCUCAAGGAACUGCGUUUGGCAAAUGAAGCCAAGGUUGUGGCUUCCACUACCCUUGUCGCCUCCACACCAUCUGGCUGGGGUUCCAACUACCGCUCUCCAUCUGCACCAUACCGUUCCCAGCAGCAACAGGGCAGGUGCAAGAAAGGUAACAGCAAGCGGAACACCGGUGGUGGCUGGGGCGGCAGUGGCGACCAGCAGCAGGGCUGGGGCGGCGGUGGUGGCCAGCAGUAG